CAAUGGGUUGGUUUGUUCAAAGAAAAAGGACAGAAAUUGGAGAAGAAAGGAACUCCGUUUACUCUACCCUCUGGCGAAAUGUGUGUCAAAAUCCCAAACUCUAUCAUUGAGAAGAACAAAAAGUCUUGGGAAGCUUUUGUUAUUGGCCAGUUCUACUCGGAUCCGCCUGCGCAAAGCCUCAUUCACACUAUUGUUAAUGGAAUUUGGAGUAAGCAAUAUAAAGACAUUACAGUCUCUAAACUGGAAGGCAACGCUUUCUUGUUUCGCAUCCCCAACGUCGGCACUCGAAACCAUGUUGUUAAACAACGCCUCUGGCAAAUCGAGGGCCAAACGAUGUUUGUUGCUCACUGGGAGCCCGGAAACCUGCCUGAGAAACCGUCCCUUUCUUCUGCUCCGAUCUGGCUCGAACUCCGCAACGUUCCGCUACAGUUCUUCAACGAGGAUGGAUUAGAAAGGAUCGCCGGCCUGGUUGGAGAACCCAAAUACCUUCACCCUACAACAGCAAAUAAAACAAAUCUGGAAGUAGCGAAAGUGCUCACUAUCAUCGACCCAAGGCAGCCUCUUCCGGAAGCGGUUAAUGUGCAAUUCGAGUCUGGUGAUAUCAGUAGAGUGAUUGUCUCCAGUCCAUGGAUGCCCCCUGUCUGCUCACACUGUAAGGAGAUUGGGCACAACAUUAAGCGCUGUCCAUCUGCUCCUAUUACUUGCAACACCUGCAAAUCGACUGCUCACUCCACUGAGGCCUGCACUCGGACUCGGGGACCCGACAGCAAGAAGACUAAGCGCCCCAGGCGUCAUGCCUCAACUCUUAAGCCUGCAGGUGUUCCUAGGGAUAAGUCUGUUCCCCCUCGCCACGAAUCCAGAGGCCGUCCUCCGGGUCCUGAAAAGGACAAAGGCAUUGCCAUCACAGACGUCCCAUAUGCUAAAACCCCUUCUACUAAACCCGCAGUUAUGGCUCAGCUUAAUGGAGAUCAGGCUGGAACAAGCAAGGCUGCUGGUAAUACUUCAGUCUCUGAAGUUGAAUCUGACUCUGACGACAUUCUCUCCUCCGAUUCUGAAGUUGAAGAAGGGCAGUACACCCCAGUAAAAACAAGACACAUGACCAGGCUUGGUCGGGACAGAGGUCCCAAAAAAAACUAA